UCACUUCCAUGUAUCUACCUCUUACCACUGAUCAGUAAGGCGUAUACAUGUAGCUCUCCCCUCCUGCCCUACAUCUCUCCCAUUUCUCUCGCAACAUGCCUCCCGACCUGAACACGCUGCCAACCUCCAGACCGCCAUCAAUGCCUGGAUCACCAAUCGCUGCGCGCCCGCGUAGGAUUUCCAUCAGUAACCAAGAAGCUGCUCGACCCAGUCCACCAUCGCCGCGCUCGCCCUCGCUGUCCUCUCUACAAGCAGCUGCAACCAUCAAUGCAAGCCUUCACCACUCACCAGCCCGCACGUCGCCGAGUAUUGAAAGGCGCAGAUCAUCUCUCCUGAACAACCUCAUACUAAAUGACCCUGCCGUGCCUGCUCCAGGAGAGCUGCAACAAAGUGACGGGAGUAGCGGGAGCAAUGCAGGAAGUCCGCGGUUUGCAAGAAGAUCAUUGCACACAGCAGAUCCAAACCACCAACGCCAGCCUAGUCUGGGUGAGCUGCAUCAGGAGCUAGAGAAUGAGCAGGAAGCACAGGUCAAUCGGUUGUUACAGAUGAUUAGAAUCCAGCAGGAUCAAUUGGCGGCCAUGCAAAGACAACAAAACACGGCCGCAGAGGGCUCGUUGCCGUCAACGGAGCAUGCUCGAUUGCCAUCGCCGUUGUCCACUCUUCCUAUCCCAGUUGGCGCCGCCAUUGCCGAAGCGCCAACUCCGAUGCCGUCUAGCUCGACAUCAACAUCGGCAGCUUUACACCAGCAUUCCAACCGGCCACAUUCUUUGUCCCGCACAUCGUCAGCUCUGGUGUCGAAUCCCGGAAGUAGGGGCACUUCACCAGCUCUUCCGCCUCAGUCCGGCGGCCUUGGGGCAUUGACGGGGGACUUCUUGCUCGGGGGGACCAGAGACGAUGCUGCUUUCUACCAGGCUGAGACGCAAAUGCUGACACGAGAGAAUCAAAUGCUCAAACUGAGAAUACGAGAGCUUGAGCACCAGAUCGGUAACUUGGGAGGCACUCACGUCCAUCAACACUCGCCUCUGACGAGCCCGCCUGCAACAUUUGGCUCGGAGGCUGCUCUGCCGAUUGCAGCAACCUCGGAUGCGAAUAUCAGUACCAAGGGGGAUUGAGCUCCGUAUGCCUGCAACAUGUGACAUUAUGUGCGAUUGGCGAGGCGUUGGGAGGUUCAAGGGUUUUCAGGGCUGCGAGAAAAAGCACUCUAUGCAAUGAAGCACACACGGUGCUUGAUUUUCAGGCUACUGGCUCGACUUCAGAGCCUCGAGAUGAAUAUCGUCUUACUGCGACGAUAUCUUUCCUUGUACGAAUACUACGAGUAAGCAGCAAAUGGAUUGGUGGGGUCAGAUUCACAUUUCGCUCUGCAGGAAUGCAUGUGAAGAACGGUUCCGUUGAAUGUCCUGGGAUCCAGAUUCUCGAGUACAACCGUGCCAGCUCUGAGUGUCACUAGUGAUUAAAGCGCUCAUUGUUCAGCUUGAACUGAGGUCACAACGAUGCAUACGCUCGCAUUGAAAACGAAUGUAGAUCACUAGGUGCCAGGGCUUGUAGUUUGGCCGUCCGACACAUGGAUGUCCGCUGUCGCACUCCGGUUCCUGAGAUUUCGGCUGUUCUGGGCUGUGGGACUAGGAAGUCAGUCUAUCAGUAGGAGAUCCAUGGAUGAAGACAGAGCGGUGGCUCCAGUCACGAAAUACAUCAGAUAUGGACCUGUAUGUAUCCAUAACCAUAGAUGUCUAUAGAUGUCAUGUUAGUGCAUCCCGUCGCGACCGCUACGGCUGACGCAAAAGUCAUGCGAGUCGGAAGGCGAAUUUCUC